AUGAGCCGCCAAUUUAGUUCUCAAUCUGCAUUCAGCUCGAGGAGCAGGCGGGCCUAUAGCAACAGGUCUUCCUCAGGCUUUGGUGGUAGGAAUCGGGCUGUGGGGUCUGUGAGUCAGGCCUGGGGGAGGUAUGGUGCUGGUGGAUGUGGGGGCCAUGGAAGAGGGUUUGGCUCUAGGAGCCUCUUCAACCUAGGUGGCAGUAAAAGCAUCUCCAUGGCCCUGGGAGGGAGAAGGGCUAGCGGUUUCCAACAGGGUAGGGGAGCAGGAGGAGGAUUUGGAGGGGGCAGAAGCUUUGGCGGUGGUGGCCUUGGCGGUGGUGCCUUUGCAGGUGCUGGCUUUAGAGGAGGUGGUUUAGGGGGUGCAGGAUUUGGGGCUAGCAAUUUUGGGCCUGGGGGCUUUGGUCCUUCAUAUCCUCCGGGGGGCAUCCGUGAGGUAACCAUUAACCAGAGCCUCCUAGAGCCACUUCACCUGGAGGUGGACCCAGAAAUUCAGAGGAUCAAGAUCCAGGAGCGGGAACAGAUUAAGGUUCUUAACAACAAGUUUGCCUCCUUCAUUGAUAAGGUGCGAUUCCUGGAGCAGCAGAACCAGGUGCUACAAACAAAAUGGGAGCUGCUGCAGCAGGUGGACACCACAACACAGAACAGCAACCUGGAAAGCUUCUUUGAGAGCUACAUCAGCGGGCUGCAGAAGAAGGUGGAUUUUCUUAAUAAUGAGCAGAUGCGCAAAAACUCAGAGAUCAGGAGCAUGCAGGAUACUGUGGAGGACUACAAGAGCAAGUAUGAGGAAGAAAUCAACAAGAGGACCAGCGCAGAAAACGACUUUGUGGUUCUGAAGAAGGAUGUGGAUGCUGCUUAUGUGAGCAAAACGGAUCUGGAAUCUAAAGUAGACACAUUGCUUGGAGAGGUCAAUUUCCUGAAGUAUUUAUUUCAAAUGGAGCUGUCCCAGAUGCAGACCCACAUCAGCGACACCAAUGUCAUCCUGUCCAUGGACAAUAACCGUACCCUGGACCUGGACAGCAUCAUCGAAGCGGUGCAGGCUGAGUACGAGCUGAUCGUACAGAGGAGUAAGGACGAGGCUGAGAUGUUGUACCAGACCAAGUACCAGGAACUCCAGAUCUCAGCAGGGAGACAGGGAGACGACCUGAAAAAUACCAAGAUGGAGAUUGCAGAGCUCAACCGCAACAUCCAGAGGCUGCAGGCAGAGAUUGGCAGCGUCAAGAAGCAGAUCGAACAGAUGCACUCUGCUAUUUCGGAUGCAGAGGAGAGAGGACAGCAGGCCCUCGAGGAUGCAAAACAGAAGCUGCAGGACAUGGAUGAAGCCCUGCAGCAGUCCAAGGAGAGCCUGGCCCGGCUGCUGCGUGACUACCAGGCAAUGCUGGGGGCCAAGCUGUCCCUGGACGUGGAGAUUGCUACCUACCGCAAGCUGCUGGAGUGUGAGGAGAGCAGGAUGUCGGGAGAGAUGCAGAACCAAGUUAGCAUCUCGGUGGAGAGCAACCAGGUGACCCUGAGCGGUGGCGCUGCAGGAGGCUCCGGAGGUUACGGAGGCGGCGGCGGCUACAGCGGGGGAGGGGGGAAUUUCGGAGGUGGCGGCUCCCGUGGGGGCAGCGGCGGUGGCUACAGGACUGAGGAGGCCAUGCACGAGUGCUCUGUGUUCCUUCCAGGGACCAUGGGGCACUCCAUCCUGAUCCUGAUCAAUGCUUCCCAUCAGGAAGAUACUCACAGGGAGAGCAAAGCCACCUGA